AUGGGGCGGCACAAGAGGGCGGGGCAAGGCACCUGCAGCAGGAAAAGGUACAGAGGGGGACUGACACCUGACUCAGAGGGAGGGCGCAGGAAAUGGGAGGAAGCCGGGGAGAAACUUCUGAAUGGAUGGGACGCGGAAGCCGCGCCGGAAGUGACGCCAGACCUUGCGCUUCAGGAAUUGUGGGUGGCAGUGGGACUGGGAGUUGGCUUCUUGGCCUCACUUGGGCCCCCAGUCACUGUCAGGCACCCACAGGUUACCCCUCAGGUCCCGGCAUUGGGUAGGAAUUGUGGGUGGCAGUGGGACUGGGAGUUGGCUUCACUUGGGCCCCCAGUCACUGUCAGGCACCCACAGGUUCCCCCUCAGGUCCCGGCAUUGGGUAGGAAUUGUGGGUGGCAGUGGGACUGGGAGUUGGCUUCACUUGGGCCCCCAGUCACUGUCAGGCACCCACAGGUUACCCCUCAGGUCCCGGCAUUGGGUAGGAAUUGUGGGUGGCAGUGGGACUGGGGGUUGGCCUCACUUGGGCCCCCAGUCACUGUCAGGCACCCACAGGUUCCCCCACAGGUCCCGGCAUUGGGUAGGAAUUGUGGGUGGCAGUGGGACUGGGAGUUGGCUUCACUUGGGCCCCCAGUCACUGUCAGGCACCCACAGGUUACCCCUCAGGUCCCGGCAUUGGGUAGGAAUUGUGGGUGUCAGUGGGACUGGGAGUUGGCUUCACUUGGGCCCCCAGUCGCUGUCAGGCACCCACAGGUUACCCCUCAGGUCCCGGCAUUGGGUAGGAAUUGUGGGUGGCAGUGGGACUGGGAGUUGGCUUCUUGGCCUCACUUGGGCCCCCAGUCACUGUCAGGCACCCACAGGUUACCCCUCAGGUCCCGGCAUUGGGUAGGAAUUGUGGGUGGCAGUGGGACUGGGAGUUGGCUUCACUUGGGCCCCCAGUCGCUGUCAGGCACCCACAGGUUCCCCCUCAGGUCCCGGCAUUGGGUAGGAAUUGUGGGUGGCAGUGGGACUGGGAGUUGGCUUCUUGGCCUCACUUGGGCCCCCAGUCACUGUCAGGCACCCACAGGUUACCCCUCAGGUCCCGGCAUUGGGUAGGAAUUGUGGGUGGCAGUGGGACUGGGAGUUGGCUUCUUGGCCUCACUUGGGCCCCCAGUCACUGUCAGGCACCCACAGGUUCCCCCACAGGUCCCGGCAUUGGGUAGGAAUUGUGGGUGUCAGUGGGACUGGGAGUUGGCUUCACUUGGGCCCCCAGUCACUGUCAGGCACCCACAGGUCCCGGCAUUGGGUAGGAAUUGUGGGUGGCAGUGGGACUGGGAGUUGGCUUCUUGGCCUCACUUGGGCCCCCAGUCACUGUCAGGCACCCACAGGUUACCCCUCAGGUCCCGGCAUUGGGUAGGAAUUGUGGGUGGCAGUGGGACUGGGAGUUGGCUUCUUGGCCUCACUUGGGCCCCCAGUCACUGUCAGGCACCCACAGGUUACCCCUCAGGUCCCGGCAUUGGGUAGGAAUUGUGGGUGGCAGUGGGACUGGGAGUUGGCUUCUUGGCUUCACUUGGGCCCCCAGUCACUGUCAGGCACCCACAGGUCCCGGCAUUGGGUAGGAAUUGUGGGUGGCAGUGGGACUGGGAGUUGGCUUCUUGGCCUCACUUGGGCCCCCAGUCACUGUCAGGCACCCACAGGUUCCCCCACAGGUCCCGGCAUUGGGUAGGAAUUGUGGGUGGCAGUGGGACUGGGAGUUGGCUUCUUGGCUUCACUUGGGCCCCCAGUCACUGUCAGGCACCCACAGGUUACCCCUCAGGUCCCGGCAUUGGGUAGGAAUUGUGGGUGGCAGUGGGACUGGGAGUUGGCUUCACUUGGGCCCCCAGUCACUGUCAGGCACCCACAGGUUACCCCUCAGGUCCCGGCAUUUGGUAGGAAUUGUGGGUGGCAGUGGGACUGGGGGUUGGCCUCACUUGGGCCCCCAGGCACCCACAGGUUCCCCCACAGGUCCCGGCAUUGGGUAGGAAUUGUGGGUGGCAGUGGGACUGGGGGUUGGCCUCACUUGGGCCCCCAGUCACUGUCAGGCACCCACAGGUUACCCCUCAGGUCCCGGCAUUGGGUAGGAAUUGUGGGUGGCAGUGGGACUGGGAGUUGGCUUCUUGGCCUCACUUGGGCCCCCAGUCACUGUCAGGCACCCACAGGUUACCCCUCAGGUCCCGGCAUUGGGUAGGAAUUGUGGGUGUCAGUGGGACUGGGAGUUGGCCUCACUUGGGCCCCCAGUCACUGUCGGGCACCCACAGGUUCCCCCACAGGUCCCGGCAUUGGGUAGGAAUUGUGGGUGUCAGUGGGACUGGGAGUUGGCCUCACUUGGGCCCCCAGUCACUGUCAGGCACCCACAGGUUCCCCCACAGGUCCCGGCAUUGGGUAGGAAUUGUGGGUGGCAGUGGGACUGGGAGUUGGCCUCACUUGGGCCCCCAGUCACUGUCAGGCACCCACAGGUUACCCCUCAGGUCCCGGCAUUGGGUAGGAAUUGUGGGUGGCAGUGGGACUGGGAGUUGGCCUCACUUGGGCCCCCAGUCACUGUCAGGCACCCACAGGUUCCCCCUCAGGUCCCGGCAUUGGGUAGGAAUUGUGGGUGUCAGUGGGACUGGGAGUUGGCCUCACUUGGGCCCCCAGUCACUGUCAGGCACCCACAGGUUCCCCCACAGGUCCCGGCAUUGGGUAGGAAUUGUGGGUGGCAGUGGGACUGGGGGUUGGCCUCACUUGGGCCCCCAGUCACUGUCAGGCACCCACAGGUUACCCCUCAGGUCCCGGCAUUGGGUAGGAAUUGUGGUGUCAGUUAGACCCCCCCCCCCCCAGCUUUUAGUCACUUUCAGGAUUCUGUUUGCGGAAUAUUCUGUGUUGGGGGUGGAACAAUAAUGUAGGUCCCAGUGCGGAUCUCUGGGGCCGGAAUAUGGGUGCUAAUGUCUCAGGGAAGUGGGGAGACUCCAUGCUGCAGGAUAGGGGCAAGUUACUCGCACGCAAUAGGGCACAAGCAGUAGCCUAAAUACCCCUGCACUUGCCCCCAACCUGUUGUACAGGCCCCAGAGCAUGAAACCUAUAGGGGGAGCCAGGGAGUCACUGCUGAUAACUGAACCUUUCCUUUG